AUGAAGUUGACAAAGUUAAUGCUGCUCUUUGUGUGCCUGGGGCUUUUCGUAACCCUGGCGGUGAGUGCCGUGACGGACUUGGAUUCGGUCGCUGAUUCCGAUGAGGAUGCAACCGGAUCCACAGCAACCUCAACCACGGAUGCCAGUGCCACGGACAGUUCCAGUUCCUCGGAUGAUGAUACUGGCAGUAGCUCCGAUGUGGACGAUGGUUCCGCGGAUGAUUCCGAUUCCGGAUCCGAUACGGAUUACGACUCCGCUACUACAGCUAGAGUGGUAAAGAAGAAGGCCAAUAAAAAGAAGGCCAACAACAAGAAACGUGCUAGCAACAACAAGAAGAAGGCCAGCAACAACAGGAAGGCCAGCAACAACAAUCGCAAAAAGAGGGCAUCUAGCAACAACAAAAAGAAAACAUCCAACAACAACAGGCGCAGGAACAACAAUUCCAGGAGGCGUGGUUAG